AUGGGCAAAUCUAGCGAUCGUCACAUUGCCAGCGAGGGUGAAUUUUUCAAGCUAGGGGAAGUUCUUGAAAAAACUGCCAAAGACACAUCCACGUGUUUAAAGCUGCUAAAGACGCAUUUGUCCGAAUACGAUAGUCGCAAUGGCAACCAUUUCAUCAACACGGCUUCGUCCUACAUGCGCAGCGAUAUGCGCACUGCGAAGGAUAUGGCAUCGGAGCUGACACAUGUGGGCCAUCGAAUCGCCUCGAAUCACAAACCGAACAAGUCGGAGAUUUUGUCAGCUCGGAACAUGAAGGAAGCGACGACCAAGGCAAUCGACUCGCUCAAGAUAUCGGCUCGCAAUUACGACAGAGAGAAUGGUCAACGCAUGGGUGUGAAAGGUACGAUCGAUGCUGUCGUUGGUGGACACUCUGACAACAAGACGACAAUGGUGGCGGUAUUAUGGGAAGUUCGGAAACCGUGGAGACACUCGUAA